AUGGAGAAGGAAAUUGUUGCCACCAAGUUGUAUGUCAGAAAGAACGAGACAUCCAGAAAGAACAAAGAAGGGCGCAUACGUUGGGAGCCUGGUGCAGCCAAAGCUGCACUGAAGGUUGCUCUGAAGCAAGACUCAGUCGUCCAAGCGAUGCGGAGAGGAAGGCGCUUACAAGGAAACCGGGUCAUUGUCGUCCUGACCAGGGCGCUGGCAGAAAAGUCGGAUACUUGCCACACACCUCACCUCACUGCAAGGGUCUUUGCGGCUCAUGGAGUCAAGCCAUACCUUGGCAGCAUCCAUGCAUUCCCUGAAGGGACCGACACACCUGCGACUUAUCAGCCAAGCUGGAAGGAGAAGGGAGGACAGUGGAAAAAAAGUGUUUUCGGCAACAUUAAGAGGGAGGACUACAAGAUCUUUUAG